AUGGAUCUCAAAGAAAGCUCCCUUAGAUUUUUGGCUUCUGAUAUACGAAGCGUAAUCUGGCGGCUGGCAACUUUGAUAUCGGUGGUAGCCCUACUACGAACAGCUUGGGUCGUUAUAUAUCGAAUCUAUUUCCAUCCCCUCGCCAAAGUCCCUGGACCGCUUCUUGCCAGGAUAACUUGGCUCUACUCAUUCUGGUACAAUAUUGUCACCAAGCGUUUCUACCUUCGCGUUCAAGAACUGCAUGAGCAAUAUGGCCCGGUAAUCCGCAUCACCCCGGAUGAAAUCCACCUAAGCGAUCCCGAGAACCUAGAAAAAAUCUACUUUGUUGGGUCACGAUAUCCCAAGGAUGCUGCAUUUUACGGUGCAUUUGGCGCGGACAGAUCCGUGUUCACGGCUCCAAGUCCAGACGUCCACCGCGUGAAAAGAGCCGCCUUGAACCCGUUCUUCUCGCGGAAGAAGGUCCUUGAAUUGGAGGAUAUCGUGCAGGAUAAGGCGGAGAAGCUGGUUGGACGCAUGAAGAAGGCUUUCAAUUCCACUGGUGCUAUUGACCUUCAUCAUGGUUUCCGCGCGAUAUCGGUCGACGUUAUUACGGACUAUGCAUUUGGCGACUCGUACAACUUUCUCGACCGAGACGACUUUGGAAUAGACUUCUUCAAUGGGUUCAGAGAUACGGGGCCCGCACUGUGGACCUUCCAGCAGUUCCCUGUCAUCCAGCGAGUAGCGAAGAAAAUGCCCUUUUGGCUGGCAGAGCGCCUUAGUGCCCCGUUGGCAUUGAGGAGGUCUCAACACAUGAGUUCGCGAGCCCAAGUUCUCAAGGUGAAGGCUGCCGUGGAAAGAGACGAAAAGGUCUCUCGCACUACCAUAUUCCACGAACUAUUACGUCCUGAUGCAGCUGAAGGGUACGCAGUGCCAAAUGUGGACGAGCUCUCAAGUGAGGCACAGAAUAUUCUUGGUGCUGCAUCAGAUACUACAGGGAACACCUUGACGAUUGCAGCGUACAAUGUCGUUCGUAACCCUGACAUAUACGCCCGAUUGUCUGCCGAACUCAAGGAGGCAUUCCCAAACCCCGAGGGCCGUUUGGAGUUUGUUGCUUUAGAGAAGCUCCCAUACUUGACUGCCGUAAUCAAAGAAGGACUCCGAUUGUCCUUUGGCGUCCCUGGCCGGCUUCCUCGUGUAGUCCCACCCCCUGGAGCCGAAUUUAAUGGCUACCACGUUCCACCUGGAACCGUGGUGAGCAUGAGCUCCUGGAUAAUACACCAUAACGAAAACAUAUACGCCAAUGCGGAUAGAUUCAACCCAGAUCGCUGGCUGGAUCCUUCAAGGGCAAAAGUGCUCGAACGAUACCUGUUUUCGUUCGGAAAAGGGACGCGAGGAUGUAUUGGCAUGCCACUCGCCUAUUGCGAGCUCUACGUGACCCUUGGCCGAAUGUUCCGCGAGUUUGAUAACCUGAAAACGCCGGCAAAGAGUAGCGAGGAGUUAAUUGUGGACGAUGGCUUUUCAGCGUAUCACCCAGAGAAGAACAAUAAGUUUGUAUUUAGCCUGUCUUAGGUCUUUGGCUGUUAUACUUGAUUUGGCUCCUUGUCCUAUGUUCAAUAGUGCUGUGCUAUGUUCUCUUUUCUUCAAUGGCCAUUGUUUAGCUU